AAAAUAUACAUGUGAUUGCUCUCCCCACAAAUUAACUGUUUCUUGUUUUUACAAAGAUAGCAUGAAGAUUAGUGCAUCUCUUUGGUCUUAUUCGCUAAUAAGCCUAUGCGUACACACAAAUGUUUGCAUGAACAUAAUUUUUGCAUAAUUCCCUAAAAACCUUUGUACUAAAAUUUAUUAUAAAUUCACAAAUAUUUAUAAAAAUACGUCGUUUAUGGUAAUAUAAUAAUAAUAAUAGUUGUCUGCUCAUUUUGUCCUUGUUUUAUAAUCAUCAUCAUUUUCAAACAGUGGACCAAUCAGAUGAAUCUGAGGGCGGAGAAUAAGCAUUGCAUACACAUUAAGUGUUUACAUAAAGAAGAUGCAUGAAUUUAGUCAAUAAUGUUCCUUUCAAGUCUGAAGAUAGUAAAUACAUAAUAAUAAAGAUGCUCUGACAUACCAAGGAAAGUGAAGAGGAGGGCACUGCCUCUAAAAUGAGCUGCUGUGAGGAGAGAGAGGAGGAGGAUGUUCAGAUCCAAACAGCAGCAUCUCCAGUCUCUAGCUGUGUGUCUAUGAAAAGUGACAACUCUAUGACAAAACCUCCCGUCUUUAGUGAUGGAGCAGAACCAUCUAAUUCGAGACACCUCACUCAAACAGCAGCUUAUCCAGUCUCUAGCUGUGUGUCUAUGAAAAGUGACAACUCUAUGACAAAACCUCACGUCUUUAGUGAUGGAGCAGGAACAUCUAAUUCAAGACACCUCACUCAAACAGCAGCAUCUCCAGUCUCUAGCUGUGUGUCUAUGAAAAGUGACAACUCUAUGACAAAACCUCCCGUCUUUAGUGAUGGAGCAGGAACAUCUAAUUCAAGACACCUCACUCAGACAGCAGCUCCAGAUUCUAUCUCUGUGUCUAUGAAGAGUGACAACUCUAUGACAAAACCUCCUGUCUUUAGUGAUGGAGCGGGAACGUCUAAUUCAAGCUCCACUGCAGCUGGCGAUGUUCUCUGUUGUGCCUGCUGUGAGAGGAAGCUCAGAACUGUGAAGUCAUGUCCGACCUGUGCUGCAUUCUACUCUGAGACCCACAUCAGGCAGCAUUACGCAGAACAAGCCCUGCACACACAGGUGGAGGAGACUGGACAUCUGGAACAGAAUUUGCACCAACCAGUGGAUGAUAUUGUGCAGAGAGUUAAAGAGAAACACAAAACCAGCAUGAAAAGGAAGUACGAGAGCUUAUAUGAAGGAAUCAACCUACAAGAGAAUCAAACCCUCCUGAACAGUAUUUACACACAGCUCUAUAUCAUCGAGGGAGAAAUAGAAGGAGUGAAUGAAGAACAUGAGGUUUUACAGCUGGAGAAAACGCCCAGAGCACAACAGGUACAAGACACUCCAAUCAACUGCAAUGACAUCUUUGAUCCCUUGCCUGAACCAGGCCAUGAGAUGAAGAAAAGAAUGAGGAAAGACCAAAUCAAGACUGUUCUUACUAAAGGCAUCGCUGGAAUCGGAAAAACCGUCUCUGUGCAGAAGUUCAUUCUGGACUGGGCUGAGGGCAAAUCCAAUCAGGAUGUAGAUUUCAUGUUUGUGCUCACAUUUCGAGAGCUGAACUUGAUUAAAGAUCAUCAGUACAGUCUUCACAGACUUCUCCUGGACUUUCAACCUGGACUUCAAGAUCUGGACCCAAAGGUGUAUGAUCUGUGUAAAGUUGUGUUCAUUUUUGAUGGUCUGGAUGAAAGCAAAAUUAAACUCAAGAUUUCAGACAAUGAGAAAGUUUCUGAUGUGACUGAGAUUUCAUCAUUGGGUGUGUUAAUGUCAAACCUCAUCAGAGGGGAUCUGCUUUCAUCUGCUCUCAUCUGGAUCACCACCAGGCCAGCAGCAGCCAGUCAGAUCCCCUCCAAAUACAUCAACCGUCUGACAGAAAUUCAGGGUUUCAAUGACCCUCAAAAGGAGGAGUAUUUCAGAAAGAGAAUCUGUGACCAGCAGCAAGCCAGCAGAAUCAUCUCACACAUUAAAGCAACAAGAAGCCUCCACAUCAUGUGUUACAUACCAGUCUUCUGUUGGAUCUCAGCCACUGUCCUUCAAAACCUCAUGAAACAAGAUCACUGUGCAGAAAUCCCCAAAACACUGACUGAAAUGUACAUACACUUCUUGAUUAUUCAGACAAAUAUUAGGAAUCAGAAGUAUGAUGAGAGAGACGAGAGAGAUCCACAGAAACUUUUGCAGUCAAACAAGGGAGUGAUUGUGAAACUUGCUAAACUGGCUUUCAAACAACUGAUGCAUGGAAAUAUCAUGUUCUAUGAGGAGGACCUGAGAGAGUGCAGCAUAGACAUCACUGAGGCCUCAGUGUGUUCUGGGAUUUGCACUGAGAUCUUUAAGGAAGAAUAUGUGAUCAAUCAGAGGAAAGUUUACUGCUUCAUACAUCUGAGCUUUCAGGAGUUUCUUGCAGGCUUUUAUGCCUUUUACUCCUAUGUAAAUAACACUUCUGACGACUUGAAAGUGUUUGAUUUACUUCAUAAUUUGCAUAAAGGAGUACUGGAUAAAGCUCUAAAGAAUGAGAAUGGACGCAUGGAUCUUUUCGUCCGGUUCCUGCUGGGCAUCUCGCUGGAGUCCAAUCAGAGACUGUUACAGGGGCUGCUGACACACACAGAGAACAGCUCGGAGAGCAUCAAGGAAACCAUAAAGUACAUUAAGGACAGAAUCAAAGAAUGGAAAAACACUCUUUCUGCUGAAAGAUCCAUCAAUCUGUUCCUCUGUCUGCUUGAAAUGAAUGAUCAGACUCUGCAAAGAGAAAUCCUGGAGUUUCUGAAAUCAGACAAACACUCAGAAAAAGAACUCUCUGCUGCACACUGCUCCGCCAUAGCCUACAUACUUCAGAUAUCAGAGGAGGCACUGGAUGAGCUGGACCUGAAGAAAUACAACACAUCAGAGGAAGGUAGAAGAAGACUGAUACCAGCUGUGAGAAACUGCAGAAAAGCUGUUCUUGCCGACUGCAAAAUCACUGAUCAGUCCUGUGAAGUUGUGGCCUCAGCUCUACAAUUGUCAGACUCUCCCCUGAGAGAGCUGGACCUGAGUAACAAUGACCUGCAAGAUUCAGGAGUGAAGCUGCUCUCAACUGGAUUGAAGAGUCCUCACUGUCAAUUGCAGAUACUGAGAUUAUCUGGCUGUAUGGUGACACAGGAGGGCUGUUCUUAUUUGGCUUCAGCUCUGAGUUCAAACCAAUCACACCUUAGAGAGCUGGAUAUGAGCUACAAUCAUCCAGGAGAUUCAGGAGUGAAGCUGCUCUCUGAGAGACUGAAGCAUCCAAACUGCAAACUAGAGAAACUCAAUUUGGACCAUGGAGGACAUUUCAGAAUUACACCAGGACUACACAAAUAUGCCUAUAAUCUCACACUGGACAUAAACACAGCAAACAAUCACCUCUCUCUGUCUGAGGGGAACAGAAAGGUGACACGAGUGGAAGAGGAGCUGCCUUAUCCUAAUCAUCCAGAGAGGUUUGACUGCUUCGAACAAGUUUUGUGUAGAGAGAGUCUGUCUGAACGCUAUUAUUGGGAGGCUGAAUGGAGUGUGAGGGGAGCUGGAUUGUCAGUGACGUAUAAAGGAAUCCAGAGAACAGGAAGUGACUGUAGAUUUGGGCUCAAUGAAAUGUCCUGGAGUCUCAUCUGCUUUGAUAACAAAUACUCUGCCUGGCACAGUAAUAAGAGAACCAACUUACUCGCCCCUUCUCCUCCUUCUAAUAGAGUAGGAGUGUAUCUGGACUGGCCAGCCGGAAAGCUGUCCUUCUACAGUGUCUCUGAUGCACACACACAGACACUAAUUCACCUACACACAUACUAUGCAACAUUUAAAGAGCCCCUAUAUGCUGGAUUUAGGCUUUAUCCUGAUACUUCAGUUUCAUUGUGUUAGAAUGCUGUAAAAAAAAAUGAAUUGUUUCAACUUAAAAUAAUUUGUCACCCCUCUGACUUAAAAUUUGAAGUUUAGUCAACUUGAAAAUAAGUAGUUUAAUGUUAAGCGACAACUUGGAUUUUUUUGUCGAUAAAUCAGCAGGGUAACAAAUUAUUUUAAAUUGAAACAAUUCUCUUUUUUUACAGUGUAGCCUAUAGACCAAUUCAAAGUAGACAUCACAGUUACGUCACUUGCAGCUGCGCACGCAUAGUGGUGGCAGAAAAACGCUGGUAACAAAUGGAGAGAAACAGGUAAAAUCCAUGGAAUAAGAGAAAAAAAACUUUUUUUGUGCCUUUUAAAGGAGAAGUCCACUUCCAGAACAACAAUUUACAAAUAAU